ACACGCUGCUGAAAGCCUCACCACCAGGGGGCAGACACUCUGCUGAAAGCCUCACCACCAGGGGGCAGACACUCUGCUGAAAGCCUCACCACAAGGGGGCAGACACUCUGCUGAAAGCCUCACCACCAGGGGGCAGACACUCUGCUGAAAGCCUCACCACAAGGGGAGGGAACUACUCCCUUUGAGAAGCACCCAAGCUGUGAUGUGACGUCAUACAGCGCGUCGCUUCCUGUAUACGUCAUCUGCGCGACGCACGCGGCGCUCUUUCUCUCCCCGUGUUAGCAGUUAGCAGUUAGCAUUAGCUCAGUUCCACAGGACGCUUCAGUUCCCCGAGUCUCGGAGAGUUUGAGCGGGUUAAGCUUCAGAGGACAUCAUGGCUGCUGCAGGGCCACAGGGCAGGAAGAGGAUCCUGAGGGAGGAGGACAUGACCAAGGUGGAGUUUGAGACCAGCGAGGAGGUGGACGUUACCCCCACCUUCGACACCAUGGGCCUCCGGGAGGACCUGCUCCGCGGGAUAUACGCCUACGGUUUCGAGAAGCCCUCAGCGAUCCAGCAGAGAGCGAUCAAACAGAUCAUCAAAGGCCGAGACGUCAUCGCUCAGUCUCAGUCUGGAACGGGAAAGACGGCCACCUUCUGCGUGUCCGUGCUGCAGUGUCUGGACAUCCAGGUGAGGGAGACCCAGGCUCUGAUCCUCGCUCCCACCAGAGAGCUGGCUGGACAGAUACAGAAGGUGCUGCUGGCUCUGGGAGAUUACAUGAACGUUCAGUGUCACGCCUGCAUCGGAGGAACCAACGUGGGCGAGGACAUCAGGAAGCUGGACUACGGGCAGCACGUGGUCGCAGGGACGCCUGGACGCGUGUUUGAUAUGAUCCGUCGCAGGAGUCUGAGGACCAGAGCCAUCAAGAUGCUGGUCCUGGACGAAGCCGACGAGAUGCUCAACAAAGGUUUCAAGGAGCAGAUCUACGAUGUGUAUCGUUACCUUCCUCCUGCCACUCAGGUGUGUCUGAUCAGCGCCACGCUGCCUCACGAGAUCCUCGAGAUGACCAACAAGUUCAUGACCGACCCCAUCCGCAUCCUCGUCAAACGUGAUGAACUGACUCUGGAGGGGAUAAAGCAGUUCUUCGUAGCGGUGGAGAGAGAGGAGUGGAAGUUUGACACUCUGUGUGAUCUGUACGACACUCUGACCAUCACACAGGCCGUCAUCUUCUGCAACACCAAGAGGAAGGUGGACUGGCUCACAGAGAAGAUGAGAGAGGCUAACUUCACCGUGUCGUCGAUGCACGGAGACAUGCCGCAGAAAGAGAGAGAGUCCAUCAUGAAGGAGUUCAGAUCCGGAGCCAGUCGUGUGUUGAUCUCCACAGACGUGUGGGCUCGUGGUCUGGACGUCCCUCAGGUGUCUCUGAUCAUUAACUACGACCUGCCCAACAACAGAGAGCUCUACAUCCACAGGAUUGGUCGAUCUGGUCGUUACGGGCGUAAAGGUGUCGCCAUAAACUUUGUGAAGAACGAUGACAUCAGGAUCCUCCGAGACAUCGAGCAGUACUACUCCACCCAGAUCGACGAGAUGCCCAUGAACGUGGCUGACCUGAUCUGAAGUUACCUGAGUGACCCUCAGCGGAGCCCCGCCCCUUUACUUCCUGUUGUUUCUGUUCUUUUUUUAACUUUGUUUUUAGUCUGAGGUUAAUUUUCUGUGACAGGAUGUUCAUUUGUUUUUGUAAAUAAAGGUUUGGUUCCACCUCAGA